AUGGAGUUUAAAAUUAUUAAAUAUAGUCAAUAUGAAAAAAUUUAUAAGGCAAACUCAUGUAAAUUUGACGAUCGUCACUUUGAAGAAUAUAAAUCUCAAUCUACAAAAAGUACAUUUAUGUUAGCAAUAUCAAAUAAUUUUGAAGAUAAAGAAGAUAAUUUCAUUUUUGUUGCAAUAUCAUGUGUAAUAGAAAAAGAUGAAUCCGUUAUUGAUAUUGAUGAUCAAACUACUGUUGAUAAUGGUAAAAGAGAACAACCUUUGAAUGGGAAAACGAUUAUCUAUAAAGUAGUUUUAGAUUCAUCUAAGCAAGAAAAAAUUAAACUAUAUAAAGAAAAAGAAAUCGGUGGAAUUGUUUCUUUUAUUCAUAAGGAAAACAAUUCUAGUAAAACAGAUUGCUUUAUCUUUAAUGCAAACGGAAUCUAUAGACUCUCACUUUUUGGAUCCAAUAAUAUUUGUUCAAAGAGUUUUAAGCAUUUCAAUUAUCCAAAAAGCCUUAUAAUUGAAUUAAAUACUUUAUUUAAGAGCAAAUCUUAUAUUUUUCGAAUUAAAAAUUGUAUUUUUGAUCAUUAUUUUUAUAUCGAACAAUAUAGAGAAGGUAUUCAAGUUAUGCAAUUAUAUGAUUUAAGAACCAUGCAAAUACAACAGAUUUUUAAUAUAUACGAAGAAAAAAAUUAUUCAAAUAAAUAUAGCAAAUCCAUAUUAGCUAUUUCAGAAAAUGAGCAAAUGAUUGCUUUUUCUUCUGGAUAUGGAAAAUUGGCUCUUUAUUUAAUAGAAAAUGGACUAGAAAUUAUUCAUAAAGAUUUUGGAACAGAUACAAAAAUAAUUGCUUCUGAUUUUAAAGAUGAUAAUAAAUUAAUGAUAAUCAUUAAAAAAGCUAAACACGAGGGGAUAAAUAUUUUACUUUGGAAUUUAUAUACAAAUGAAUAUCAAUAUGAUAUUCCAUUAAACGAAGUUGAUAUUAGUAUUUUUAAUAGUGCAAAAAUUCCUGGUAAAUACGUAUCUGUCAAUAAAAAUGGAAGAAUAUUAUCGAUAUAUGAUAGUUUAAAUUCAAUAAUUAGCAGGAAAGAUGCAAAUAUUCUUAUACCAAAAUUUAAAAUAUACAAAGAUGGUAAAGUACCAACUGAAAUGAACGUAUUAAAAUUUGAUAAUAAUAUUAUUUAUCAUCAAAAUCUUUCAAAAAAAGAAGCACAAAUUCUUAAAAAUAAUAUAGAACUAUGGACAACAGAUAAUUAUGAAAAGACAUGGUUAGAAAAUAACAUUCAGAUUAAAUGGUUCUAUAAUGAUGAUGACGAUAUUGAUUUAAUUAGGCAUGCUUGCGAUUCCCUUGAAUAUCUAUAUUAUCAAAGAUAUAAAUUAAUUGGAUAUGAGAAUCAGCAUGUGUUUGAGGAAAUUAAAUAUAAUAUUUCUCUUAUAGUUUGUAAAUUUAUUAGAAAGUAUCCGAACACUUGGAAAAUGUUGGAUAUUCAUUAUAACCUUAUGGCAAAAAUUAUAAUUGGUGGCACAAAUACUCUCAUUAAAUUUAUUUUAUUUGGUAAUGAAAAAGUAAAAUUUAAAUAUUUACAUAUACCAAAAAUAACUCGAUGGAUUAAUUUGAAAAAGUCUACAAAGGAAAAAAUUGAUUCUGAAAAAAUCAUUCAAGUAAAUGAUAAUUUGAAAAAACCUACAAAGGAAAAAAUUGAUUUAAUUAAAUUCAGUGAUUUACAACUAGCUAUUAAUUUGUGUAAACCAGAUAUUGAACGUAACCGUAGAAUUUUAAUUGUAGCUUAUUUACUUGAAUAUUAUACAAAAAAUGCAACUGAAAAUCACGGAUGGUUAAUUACUAUUUCAAAAGCAUUACCAGAUUUAUAUACAUUUAAAUUAGAGUAUUUUGUGGGCGAAUUAUUUUGCAAAACAUGCAUGGAAGGUAUAGAAAUAUCAAAUAUUAUUGAAUAUAUGGAUUAUAUGCCUAAAAACUUUCAUAUUAUUUCAAAAAAGUUUACGGCAUUCAAACCAAAUUCGGAUUUUAAAUCGACAAGUGUGCCAAAAUUAAAUUUUAAAGCUUUAGGAAAUUAUUUGAAGUUAAAAAUAACAAAACUUUACGUUAAAAUUUUUCCCAACGAUCACGAAAACUAUUUUCCAGUUGUAAAAAUAGUUCCUUUACAUAAUUUUACUGUUAAUA